AUGCAAAAUCAUCAACAGCAGCCUUGGACAGCUCAUCUGGAUCUUUACGGCAGUCCAGAAUGCGAUUACCAUGCACAGCUCACUAUCGGAUCGACACUCAUGAAUCUGGUUCUGGAUACCGGCUCUGCCAACACAGCUGUUAUUUCUGACUUGUGCUCGUCUGAAAAUUGCACAUUUGUACAGAAACCUUAUUUACCCAUACCUGAUUCAUACGCUAAUUUUGACACAGUAAAUGCCAGUUACGGAAAUGCCAAGCUUCGCUCCUACUGGAAAGGUUAUGCUACAGGUCAACUAAUUAGCUUUGAUCAUGUGCAACAGGCAUUUGCCAGAGUCGAUGUAAUUACGGAUCAUCAAUCCUUUUUCAUACCACGAUGUUCCAAAAAUCAAGGCAUCUGGGGCCUAGCUCAUCCGUCCCUUCAAACAAGACCUCGAAAAAGCAACGGCCACGCUUCCAAUAGUGAGCAACAGAAAUUAACUCUUUUUGAUUCUAUCCGUCGCGAAAAGGGCCUGCCAAAUGCGUUCACUGUUCAAAUAUGCCCCAAAUCAGCUGUAGAUCCUGCGUUUGCGCAUGAAUUUAAUUUCCUUGGUUUGAAUAGUACAAUGCGUCAUGCACAGCUACAGCAACAACAACCAUCCGCUACAGAGAAAACUUGUUUACGCGAUGGACACUUUUGGCUAGGAGGGUAUCCGAGUCAAUCAGUUGGAAGUGAAAUUGUAUGGGUCCCAUUAUCGCACACUCGAUACUAUGAAGUCAAGGUGGAUCAUUUCGUGGUAAAUGGCAAUAUUGUCGCUGGCAUGGAGCAAAUCAAUGUGCCAAGAACGAUUAUUGACACGGGCACAAAGGAUAUUGUGCUCACACCACUAAAUCUGGAAAAGCUGCUUCAUGCGUUAUGGCAUAGCAAAUUGGUGCAGUUUGAUGAUUCAGUUUCAAAAGAGCAUGAAAAAUCAUUUUGGUUCGAUCAUGCCCAACUCAGUCUCCCCAAAAAAGCUCUGACCAUCUCGCAUAAUGUAUCUGUUGCUAUUGCAUUUGAAGGCAACAAUGUUGUGUCCCUGCCUAUCGAAAACAUACUCAACAUUCGUGAUUUCGGUGAACAAAUGCCAGAUUGGGUCAAUAUCAGUUGGACAGGAUUUACGAAUAGUGGUGGAAGUGGUAAUAUGGCGUCUACGAUAUUAGGAAACACUUUGUUCCUUGGAAAAACUGUGAUUUUCGAUCGAGGCAGAGAAGAGGAUGGUGCUCACAAAAUGACCAGCAGAAUUGGAUUUGCAGAUGCAAGUGCGUGCUGUAGGACUUCCAGCGGGAAGGAUGUAAACAUCUUGCUCUCAGUCGAUAGUGUUACAAAAAUCUCCAUUAUACACCAAGAUCAUGUCGCAAAUACCGUACAGAUCUGUCUCAUUUUGCUGAUUGCCUUGUCCGGUGUUGGAUUCUUUUCGACCAUGGCUGUCUUUCUGAUGAAUGGCUAUCAAGAAAAGAAGAACAGAGCCGCUGAUGCCAUUAGCUUUAAGGGGGAUGAGCAGCACCAGAUCCAUUUAGUGAAAUAA